AUGAUCCUCACAUUCCAAGAACAGCUACGGCGCCGUGUUCGACAAGAACAGGCACUACAACGCCUUAGAGCCAAGUCAAAUCCAGCACCGAGCCAUAUAUUUCCGAACAGUGGCGCAUCCAGCACAUCAAGCACAAACUCUACUAACCAGACCAACCCGGUGGCUAUGGAUCUAGUGGACAAUCCGUUCCGGAAUCUUGUUAUAAGCGUGACAGGGCACCAUGGGAUAUUCACACAUGAAGAGCUAAAGGGGAUUAUUGAGGAGAUGGGCGCGAGGUUUUCUAGGAAGGUCACACGGGGAUGCACGCAUCUAAUCACUACCGCACGGGAGGUAGAGAAUAACGGGUCGAAGGUUAUCGAAGCAUACAAUGCAUACACAUGCGAGAUCGUCUCUAAGAACUGGCUGAUUGACUCCCGGGUAGCAGGGAUACCACUCCCAGAGACAGAUUACAGGGUAAAGCCACACAACGCAAAUGCUAUUUCUACAUAUUCGAUACCUGGGCAGAGCACGGGGAUAAAACGCCUACUGGAUGAUGACAGCGGCUGCGCAGAUGACGCAGCUAAUAAACGGCCAGGUCUUGAUAUGUUCUCGCGGAGUCAGAAGAUUAUCAUCCCGGCUCAUAGGGCCUGUCAGUUUAAACACGAGUACUCGAUCGCCGUGGACCAAUUCGGCCACCCCUGGGAUGCAAUGCUAGUUCACAGCUCGUCAAGCGCAAGAUCGAAUGAUUUCGUCCACCUGCAGCUCCUGGUCGACAAAGAUCAGGCUACGUUUGUAAGUUGGGCGUGCUGGGGUCGGAUAGGGGAGAAUCCCCAGCAGCUGAAAACAACACCAUGCGAUGUCGAAAUGGCGAAACAGGAUUUCGAGAGACGGUUCUAUGAGCAGACGGGAUUCUCUUGGUGGACAAGGUUCUGGCACCCGGUCCGAGAGGGAAAAUUCAGAUACAUUGCCCCUGGUUAUGUGUCUCGGAAUGGUGAUGAGGACCCGUUCAAUAUGGCGAAUGCUGACAACAUUAAAUACAAUAUACCGGCGCCGGAAUGCACCCUUCCAGAGUCUGUGCAAAAGGUGCUUGCUCUUAUCCUGAACAAGGAGCAACUGCUCGCCACGACAGCAUCAUUGGAAUAUGAUGCAAGGAAGCUGCCACUAGGACAGCUCAACAGGGAGACACUGGCCGAAGGAUACAACGUGUUGAAGAAGCUUUCUGGACUGAUUACAGAUCCGGAAAUAUCCUGGAUGAGACGUGAGAACUCGCUAACAGGGGUUAUACGACAACUAAGCAGUCAGUACUUCAGCUUGAUUCCCCAUGUGUUUGGGAAGAAUCAGCCCCCGGUGAUAUCUGCUGAGAGUCACAUCGAGAAGGAGAUGGCUCUUCUUGAUGAUUUGGCAAAUGCUGUGAUUGCAAACAACAUCCUCAGCUCUAUCGAUGGUAGCUAUGUCCAUCCGCUGGAGAAGGAAUUACAAAAAUUACAUCUGGAUGAGAUAACCCCAUUGAAGCACAAAUCCAUGGAGUUCAGGCAGCUGUUACAGUACUUUCGGACCACAGCAAUCGGGCACGAGUUGCAUCAUGUCGUGGAGAUUUUCCGCAUCCGCCGCACGGGCGAAGAGGAUCGCUUCAAAGCGUUUAUUGAGGCAAAUCAGAUCCUCCCCAACCGCCGCCUCCUAUGGCACGGCUCCAGAACCGUCAACUUCGCCGGCAUCCUCAGCCAGGGCCUCCAGAUUAGACCCCCUGGUGUACAAAAGAAUGGCUCGUCGCUGGGAACAGGUAUAUACUUCUCAGACGGCGCCAAUAGAUCAUUAGCGUUCACCUCGUCCGCUCGUCCUAACGACGCGGCCAUCCUCCUGCUAUGCGAUGUUGCCCUGGGCCACCCAGUCAAUGCUGGCGCCGCCGUUCGAGAUAAACUGCGGGGGACGUUCUCUACCAUUUCGGCCGAGUAUUACUGGAGUACGGGGUGGAAGGCGGCCGAGGCUGUGCAUCCCAGCCUGGCGGGUGUCGUUAUGCCAGAUUUCCGAGCUGACCUGUCGGCGCUCACCAGUGGGGGGCAGUAUGUUGUUUAUGACCCGGCGCAGGUGCAGAUUCGGUACAUGGUGGUUGUGGCCAGGCUUUGA